AUGCUUCCAUCUUCAGUAUAUGGACAAUUGAGUGAUCCGUUGGUGCAGGCAGCAGCGGCAGCCUUGGCAUCCGCCGGAACGGAUUCAGUCAUAGGAAGUCGUGACACAAUGUUCACGAAAAUCUUCGUCGGUGGUCUACCGUAUCACACCAGUGACAAGACCCUCCACGAAUAUUUCGAACAGUUUGGUGAUAUUGAAGAGGCCGUCGUGAUCACCGAUCGUCAAACGCAAAAGAGUCGAGGAUACGGCUUCGUAACAAUGAAGGACCGUGCAGCUGCCGAACGCGCUUGUAAAGACCCGAAUCCGAUCAUCGACGGACGGAAAGCAAACGUCAAUUUGGCCUACCUAGGCGCAAAACCACGUACCAAUGUUCAACUCGCCGCAUUGGCGAAUCAGGUUCAGUUGCCGCUGCAGACGCAGUUACAAGCGCUGUUCCCGACGCGUAUUGGACUACCACAGCUGUAUUAUCCGUCAGCCGGUUUGAUGAAUCCACUGCUAGGAGCUGCCCAAAGUCCUGGAGGAGUUGAUUAUACGGCUUUGGCAGCAGCUGUUGCCAACGGACAAGGAGCUGGAGCGUACGCAAUUCCACAAGCUGGAUCACGAUUUCAAGUUCAAGCCGCUCAAGCCGCUGGUUUGGAUCCAUAUGGAUACGCAGCUGCUGCUGGAUACGGUAUCAUGCCAGGGACGUAUCAGCUUCAAUCAGCGCAAUUGGCGGCCGCUCAACAACAACUCGAACACCAACGAGUCUAA